UUUGUCAAAAAGCAAACUAAGCAAACUUCAAACUUGAUUGUUAUAUCCGGAAUACGCUUAUCUUUCGGUCUUCUCGAGUUAAGAGAUAAGAUAAGCCGUUGACCGUUGAACAUAUGCUUCAUCAUAUUGUAUUAAAUGCGGCUUUGCGUUUGUUGAUGGACGAAUAUAUUGUCGAAAUACAUUACUACAUCUAAACAUGUGCGUGAGAUAUAAGUUCUAAAAUGUAUCAGUAAAAAGUAUAUAAAAUUUAUUGUACCGGGAUCGAUACACAAUUGUUUAAUAGUAAAAUGCAUUGGAGUCUUAUACAUUGUGUACUACAAACAUGUUUUAUAACCGUCUCGUACUGUCACUCGCCUCACCGGCGAGGUGUUUUCCCGUCUAAAUAAAAUAGUGCUAAGCUUAACAAAAGAAUCGAAAACAAUAUGGCGAAACAUGGCACAUCGAACGUGGAAGAAAUGGACAACAUUAACCCGGACUUGUCUAAACUACUCUCCACAAUAUUAGAGGAUGAAGGAAUAACAGAGAAAAUCGUGAUGGCAAGGCGCAUUGCAUUCCUUAUGAUGGAGACAGGUUUAACAACGAUUAGUAAACUUAACAAUCAAUCAAUCGAGCAUUUCUGUUUUGGCAGCCAGUCAGAAGGGGCGACAAUGCUUAGACUAAUGUCUGACGUAGACAUUUUACGUCGUAUACCAUGUAUUAAUAUCAUGCGAGGGGAUUCGAAAACAUGGAAAAAGGGAAUGCUGAAUUGUUUGAUGCUUUGUAUUAAGGAUUAUCCACAACACUUUAAUCUGCAGGUUUACAGGAGCGAUAAGCCCAAACCAGUGAAAUCACAAACAACAUUUUGCAAUGGCAUGCUCUUAAGUGAUGGAAUAGAUUCUGUGUUAUUAAGCUCUGAGUUUUUUAGGAAACAUUUCGAAAUGUUAUUACAAUCUUUUAGCGAAGAUAAAUCUACCUAUAUCGCUGGACCUUCUGCUAGUUUUAGCGACGAUAUAGACAUUGUGCAAGCACUGUGCACAUCAGGCGACAUUCCUGAACUGCAGAUGUGGCUAAACAGGCCCAGACAGGGUAAUUGGCCGCCUCUUAAAUUGUUUGAGGAAGCGAAACAUUGCGUGUGGUUCCUUGUACCGGUAGGAAAUACAAGCUCGAACAUAAGAUGCACAGAGUGGAGAUUAUCGCCAAAUCUUAUUGAAAGAAAACUCAUGUUCAGUUUAACUAUAACCCAGCUGAAAUGUUAUAUAUUGCUGAAAGAACUCAAGCGCGCAAUUACGCGUCAACAGGGAGGCGAGGGAGGCGAACUUACGAGUUUUCACUGCAAAACAGUGUUGUUUUAUACACUAGAAAGAACGCAAGAUCCCCCUCACCAAGAAAGCAACUUGGCAAUGUUACUAAAACUUUGUCUUCAAACGCUCCAAACAUUUCUUAAAGAUGGUGUAUGCCCUCAUUAUAUCAUUGACCGCGUUAAUCUGUUUGACGGUAAACUAAAUAGUACACAACGUCACGCGAUACUCAACAAGGUGACGGUGCUCAUAGAUUACAACUUACGCGGGUUCGUAAAAAGUAAACUUGACGACGCAACACCAUUGUCCUCUGACCAACGUCACGCGAUACAUGUACUCAACAAGGCGACGGUACUUAUAGAUGAAUGUUCUCAUGGGUUCCCAAAACUUGGCAACGCAACACGAUUGUCCUCUGACCAACGUUUUAUUGCUCAUGUAUGUAUUUGCAGUUAACUCGCAUUUGAAAGGAUACAGUGGUGCCAUAUUAUUAUGCUUUGCUUCCAUUGCUUCAUCAGUAAACCAAUCGAGUUUGUUGAGGAUCAGCUUAACACACUGAUUGACAAAUGUAAAGAAAUAAUAAAUUAUCACAACGCGAAUGCAUUUGAAAUACAAGCAGCUAGGGAAAUAUUGACAACUGCUUUGUCUUUUCGAGGCUCUAUUAAAGCGGCCCCAGCAAUUCAAAGCGGCGUCUCGAUUAACCAAGAUGUCAUGGACAGUUUCAAGGAAUCGGUACAAGUUGGUGAUUUCGCAAAUCAAAUCAAUAAUUCAUCAGAAAUGCUUAGCUAUGGCAAUCUUGCUUCGGAAAAAAAGGAUUGUUCAAUCAACAAACAUGCCAUUGAAACCUUCGAAAAGGCCCUUGAGACGAAUGGAUUCUCAAGUCGACUGAAAUUAGCAUCUGUCAUGUACUGCUCUGGAAACUUGCAGUCGGCAAAAUUUAUUCUUGAAUAUGCAGAACGUCAGUUUUCCCGGUACACUAUGAAAACCUUAUGUCGGUGUUUCAGUUAUUACAAUCGGUACAUACACCACCGAAAGAUGUUUGAAAAUAAACCUAAUCCUAACAUUGAAAGCAAAAUUGCAUUAUGCAUAAUAUUUCUUUCUAAUGAGGCACCGUGCGUUCCCCCUGUGCUUUUGUAUGAAAUGACCAAAACAAGAUUUGCACCUGAUUAUCGAGAAACAAUACGUACAAAAAUAGAAUUGUAUGGUGAGGCUAGAUUAGAUGCUCGCGUGUUCAUGUAUUACCUGCAAUACCUCACGUACGGAGGUCUCGGCAUUCGGGAAAAACAGAUCGUUGUCUUGACGAAAUUCGAAGACUAUAUUUCAACGCAUAUUGAUGAUCGCAUAUUAGAUCUCCACUAUGAUCAUGGUCGUAACCGCGAGGUAUCCCAUAUGGCGACUGCAUUGAACCUGCUCGGCCACUGCUGGGAGAUGGAAGGGGAUCUGAACAAAGCAGGCAGUAAAUACAAGCUAUCCCGAGAUAGCAAGCCAAAACACAAUCCGGCCGACUGGCACAUUGGGAGACUUUCGGGCUAUUCACCAGAUCAAUAGAUAUAGUUGCAACGGGUUUUAAUUUAUAUGCAAUGACACUCGGCUCACGAACUGCUGGAAACGUUGAAUAGGACGUACUUGAAACAUAAUUUCAAAUAUAAAUAAUAUUUAUUUAUAUUUGUAAACUAUUUAAUAUUUUUGGAUUUAUUAUAUAUAGGAGCAAUCUAACUUCAAGCACACUUGUAUGAUUUAAUAUUAUAAAAAAAAAACGCUCAAUAUAUCGUUUUUGCAAACAUUAUUUUUAGAUAUGUGUUCUCAUUUUCAAAUCUAGCAUUAUUAUAACAGCUCGUAUAGUAUUGGACAAGGACAUCAACUUGACAACAUGUUCAAUUGUUUCACACUUAAACUCACUGAAAACUAUAUUUAUAUAUAUAUUACUUUUGCGUUUUUACUUGCACUUUUUGCACACACGUUCUCUUUUUGAAACGCUCGUAUAGGAAGUGAUGGGCAGCACUGGGGGCUGACGAGGUCAAAGCGUAGUCCGUUUCGCUACGACGUCGGGUAUAUGUUUUACUACGAAAACAUUGUUUAAAUACACAUGACAUCGAGAACGGAUUAGUCGAAAAUUGUGUUUAAACAUGUAAGAUUAUGCUUUUCUAAUAACAAAACUCUGAAUUUAAGCACAAUGACAUUUCAUAGGGCUGUUACAUCAAAUUAUAAUCCAAGAUGUGUCUGGUUUAUGCGGUUAAACAUGAAAUAUACCGCUGAUUUAUAAAACCGAAGUAAAGUUUCACUUAAAAAAAAUGCAGUCGACAUGGUAAUGCACAUUAUGAUAUCAUUAAAUUCACGACUAGGCCAAAGGAAACGAUUAAAAUCGAAAGUCCAUAUGUAAGAUGACAGUUGAGAGUCAAGAACCUAAUGUCGUCGGCCUCAAUAAAAAUGACGCAUCUUCACCUUGUGACAAUCCCUUAUACGUUCAUUUUGAUAGAGACCGACGAUAGGUUUUCAGCAUACGGUACUCUUUAUCAAAUAACAUUCGAUUCUCGUUAUCCCCAACUCGCUUAUCUCGAAACUCUGCUUAUGUCAAAGUAAAUCCCAUGUCCCAACUUUGAUCAUUAUUUAUCUCAUACGGAUUUUGAUUUUUACAUUGUAUAUAUCAAAGUGAUUUUCUUGAAAAUCGGUUAUCGUCAACUAAUUUUGAGAUGAAUUUAAUGUUCGUAUACAUGACUUUACCUGUAAAAUCCACACCUGUAACAGCCGUAAGGUGUGGAAAGUAGGACCCCAAUGGCAUAAAUCCGCAAUUGCACAAUCAAUAUAUCGUUGUAAAGGUGUGGCAGUGGGUUUCUGUCACAGGUUAUUGUUUAGUGCGUACAUGACGGCCGGUAAAUUUACCUCGUGUUACAAUGCGGUAAAGGCCCAGUCUCAAUAUGAUGCCGGCGGAGCCCCAGUGCGUGAUCAGGCAUCUACCGGGAUGAACCGGGGCCCUACCGGGAUGAACCGGUGCUCUACCGGGAUGACCCGUGGACGACCGGGGACAACCGGGGCUUCACCAGGAAAGUAUUAAAAUGUUUAAUACCUCCGGGAUGAAGCGGGAGUCACCGGGUAGGACCGGUAACGACCGGCGUGGCACCGGGAACAACCGGGACUGUACCGGGAACAACCGGGACGGCACCUUAGCUCCACCGGGGCCCAAACACACCCCGGCAGAGCUACGGAAACGCCCCGGUAGAGCCCCGGUGA